UUUUUUCACACAAGACUCAGAUCAUGACGAAGUUUAUGAGAUCUCUCAAAUGGCUACCAAAAGGCCUCCAAGAGGUCCCGGGUUUAAUGUAGAUGAGGAUUGACUCCUUAUCAGUGCUUGGUUGAAUACUAGUAUGGAUUCAAUACAAGGCAAUGAUCAAAAGCUGCAUACUUUUUGGGGGAAAAUUACAGAGUACUAUCAUCAGUACAAGUCCUUUGACAGUGAUCGUUCACAACCGAUGCUGACACAAAGGUGGGGAAAAAUACAAAAGGUGGUGAACAAAUUUUCAGGGUGUUUUGCAGCUAUAAAUGAAAUACAUGAAAGUGGGAAGACUGAACAAGACAAGAUUGCAGAUGCGAAGAAGAUGUUUGAAGCACAAGAAAAGAGAAGGUUCACACUUGAUCAUGCUUGGAUUUUGUUAAGGCACUAACCAAAGUGGAUACAACUAAUGCAAGAGCUGGACAGCAAGAAAAGUAAGCAAAGAUCUAAA